UAUAGAAAAGUGUUAGCGCUAGUGCAUGUACGGUGGUCUCGUGAAUCCGGUAAUGCCUCCUCAUUUACUCAGAUUCCCCUCCACUCUCGUCUCCCGCUCGUGACAGUGUCUUUCGCGCCCCAAAUCUGCUCCCGUUUUCCCUCUAGUUCGCGCUUCAGAGAUUUAUGAUCAGUAAAUUGCGUAAGUAUUUGAAGUCACUCCUUUGGAUUGUGCUUUGUUGUUCUGGCUGCAUUUACGCAACAAGCGUAAACUGAAUCAUUUCAAUGCACGUACUUACGCGCAUAGUCACUCAAUCUGCAGUUCCGUGCUGGCGCAGCGCGUCCUUCCGCUUAUGCUCGUCCUCAGGCCAACAACACACAAAGUGUAUUAUUAUAUUUUCAACGCGUGACACUCAUCGGAGACUUUACCAAGGGUACAAAAUCGUUUACUAAAGAACUUUAUCCAUCCAGCAUGUCAGAGACGGUGAAGUACGUGGACGAUGAGCACAAGACCAUCUUCCUAAAGCUGCUGAACGAGCAGCGUCUGGAGGGGGAGCACUGUGACAUUGCCGUGGUCGUGGAGGACGUCAAGUUCCGCGCCCACCGCUGUGUCCUCGCCGCCUGCAGCAACUACUUCAAGAAGCUGUUCAAGAAGCAUGAGGUGGACAACUCGUCUGUCAUCGAGAUCGACUUCAUCCGCUCUGACAUCUUUGAGGAAGUGCUCAACUACAUGUAUACAGCCAAGAUCUCCGUCAAGAAGAAGGACGUCAACCUGAUGAUGUCGUCGGGGCAGAUCCUUGGCAUACGUUUCCUGGACAAGCUGUGCUCCCAGAAGCGUGACCUGACAGCCGAGGAAAAGCAUGACAAGUUCCCCUACGACAUCGUCAAGAUGGCUAUGCCCCCUGACGACCCCUCCCUGACCUCUGACCCUGACGUACAGGUUCUGGGGGAGCACCACGACACACCUACUCAUGACCUUGUAGAGGACACCUCAGCCAAUCACGAGCUUGACAAGUCUCCCAGCUCCGCCUUGCGUGUGCAGGAAGCCAUCCUGAAGGAGCUAGCCAAUGAGGACGUCCACAAAGUGAGCUGCUAUGACCAGGACGUGGUGGAGCCCAUGGACACAGAGCCCAAGGACUUGGGCCACGCCGCCCAGACUCUGACAUUCACAGACAGCAUGGGGGAGGUGAAGGACGAGCACACAGCCAGCUGGACCACCGCCACCACAGACAUGAAGUUCGAGUACCUGCUGUACGGCCACCGCGACCAGCUAGCCUGCCAGGUCUGCGGGAAGACCUUCGUGGACGAGAACCGCCUGAGGAAGCACGAGAAGCUGCACUCAGCCGAGCGGCCGUUCGUGUGUGAGAUCUGCAGCAAGGCCUUCACCACACAGGCCCACCUGAAGGAGCACCUGAAAAUCCACACAGGCUUCAAGCCCUACCGCUGCGACGUCUGCGGGAAGUCCUUCAUCCGUGCGCCCGACCUCAAGAAGCACGAGCGCGUCCACAGCAACGAGCGCCCGUUCGGCUGCCAAAUGUGCGACAAGGCCUUCAAACACAAGUCGCACCUGAAGGACCACGAGCGGCGGCACCGCGGGGAGAAGCCGUUCGUCUGCGGCUCCUGCACCAAGGCGUUUGCCAAAGCCUCCGACCUAAAGAGGCACGAGAACAACAUGCACAGCGAAAGGAAGCAGCUGGCGCCGUCAGCGCUGCAGACGGAGACGGAGCAGCUGCAGGCUGCAGCCAUGGCGGCCGAGGCAGAGCAGCAGCUGGAGUCGAUAGCCUGCUCGUAGCAGCCACUAACAGCCCCUGGCAGCAGCCGCCCGCUGGCUGGAGCUCCAGCAUAACCUCAUGUUCUCUGAACAGUUAAGAAAACUCUGAACAAUGAUGGGAAAACCUGUGGAUGUUUGGUCGUCUGUUUUUGUGAGGUGCCACUGUGGGUAGAACUAGGCCUCUGUACUUAAUGAACAGGUUCCAUGUUGUCUUGUGGGUAUUUGUGGGACACAUGAGAACAUCAUUGAAAAUAAUUGUUAAAUAUUUUUGGUUAGAUAAUGAUUUCAGUUUUUCUCGCACUGUAAAAUGGUGUUAGGACAUUCUUUGAUGGCUGAUGAACUUCAAGGUUGAGAAGGUUGUGAAGCUUCUCACCAGAGUUGUCUGCUGUGUAGUUAUGGUAACAGAUGGUAAAGUGGCUCUUGAAUGGACCUCCCUCCUGGUUGGACAUGUGCCUGAUUGGUCACAUGGUGCUGUGUCUUAUCUCUGAUCAUGACUACUGCAUAUUAUGUGUAAAAUUGUAACAUAGCUACAUG